UGUAGACUUCGGCUUCAUGUUUGAGAGUUCUCCGGGGGGUAAUCUGGGCUGGGAGCCCGACAUCAAGCUGACCGACGAGAUGGUGAUGAUCAUGGGCGGCAAGAUGGAGGCCACACCCUUUAAAUGGUUCAUGGAGAUGUGUGUGCGCGGAUACCUUGCUGUAAGGCCGUACAUGGAUGCUGUCGUAUCUCUGGUGACGUUAAUGCUGGACACGGGGCUGCCGUGCUUCAGAGGACAGACUAUCAAACUCCUGAAGCAAAGGUUCAACCCCAACAUGAGUGAGAAGGAAGCCGCGGCCUUCAUGAUUAAAGUCAUCGAGCGCUGCUUCCUCAGUAGCAGGAGCAAAACCUACGAUAUGCUGCAAUACUACCAGAACCAGAUCCCAUACUGAGACCGGACCGAUGUCUCUUCAUUGAGAUCAACGGUCAUUAUCAGUCUAUUACAAUCCUUUAUGACGAGCACUUUAUAGAUCGGAAUAAGUCACCUGCUCUGAUUGGCCCUGAUGGCGGCGUCCAGGCGUGUCACUUCCUGUCCGGCUGCCUCAGGGCCUCUCUAGUGAUCCGCUGUAGUCCAAACGCUGCAUGUUUGUCCUCUGAUCUCCCUUUAAGGCAUCUGCCAUGACCGUUUGUGUGUGAAUUUUGACAUUCCAUGCGUAGAAAUACAUCCUUUAACUCUACUUGAAUCUCGGGGUUUAGUUGCGUCACCCAGGAAGCCAUUUCUAAGACUACGGCACAGAUUGCACUGUAGAUUACGUGCCGUCAGCAAAUGACCUGUGUUAUGCAAUACAUCAGUGUUUGUAUGUUGUAUCUCGUCGUGUUCGGCACUGAAUGGGUGAAUCUCAUGAAAGCUGUCAAGUAUGAUUAUUAUAGUUUUGCAAGAAAAUUGUCUAUUUUUAGGACUGUUAGAUUUUUUGCAUUGUGACAAUUUCUUAUUUU